UUUUUAUUUUGAAACAUUUAUGAGAGGGAGAGAGAGAGAGAGAGGAGGGGAACAGUUAGAGAAAGAGGGGGAGAGAUGGCGAGCUCAGAGAAGAACCCAAGAGAAGGGUUUCCAACCAACAGAAUAAAGAACUUAAUAAGGAGCGAAGGCAGCGACUACCGCAUCAAUCAAGACGCUCUUUUCCUUAUCAAUAAAGCUACCGUGCAAUUCCUCGAGCAAUUGGCUGAAGAUGGAUUUGCUUGUUUUCUUGAGGAAAAGAGAAAGAAGUCAUCUCUCAGUUAUGAGCAUCUAUCAUCAGCUGUUCACAAAUCGAGAAGAUAUGAAUUCCUUGAAGAUUUUGUGCCCCAGAAAGUGAAAGCUGCAGAUGCUUUAAAAGAUAACCCAUUAGUGGAAACAUGAGGCAAUUGUGUUGUCAAUGGCUAAAAACUGUAUCUGAAGUAAUAGAGUUCGGAUUAUCUGCUGCAACUUGGAAAAUACCUUUUGGGAUCCUUUGUAUUUGAUUGGUCCUCUAUCCAUAGUUUUGGUUCUAUUGUUUUCUGCACCUUUAACUAGAUUGACAGAACUCAAUUUAAGCACUGUAGCAUCUUUUUGUGAUGCAUGUAUGAGUUUUUGUCAUUCCAUGUUUGGAUUCAUCAGAGUUAUCCUUAUGAUUCAAUUUUACAUUCA